AUGGCGCAAGACCCAAGUGACGGUAUCGACCAGGAGCUGCUGAGCCAUGCUCAUCUCAUCUCCGCCAAUCACUAUGCCGACCAGGCACGCGUCGACCUGAACCAAGUAACGAAAUGGUUAAUGGCGGCACCCCAAGUCGCGAAAGACAAAGCUCCCUUCUUCUGGACCUACCUCGAUCGGCCCCGCGACGGCCAGGUCUACCUUACAUGGCAACCUCUCAAGAGGCUCGGAACGAACUUUGCCAGCGACGGAAUGAUCUGUGGCCCCGAGCAAUACCAUAGACAGGAUGUUGGAAAUGGAUUGUCUCUCGAAAUCCACUUCGUCAAGUCGGCAUUCAUUCCUGGCGAGCAGGUCGCCAUGCACGCUCGUCGCAGAUUCCGCCUCGUACCCUCGCAGACCGGAGUAAUGAACGCGCCCCAGCCAGACAUUAGUCUCUGGAUCGUUCACUAUGGCCCUUCCGACCCCUCCGAUCGCGUCCCUGUCAACCUGAUCCCCGUGUCACAAGAGACCCAGCACAUCAUGGGGACUCGCAAUCACCUCCAGAAGUGUGGUCAGAUAGCACGAAAGGACUUUAUGCUUUCCGAUCGCGCCAGUUGGCCUUCGAUUCAGUUCCCGCGUAAUGGCGGACGGCCUCAGAUGUACAACCCGCCAGCGCAGUCGCGGCGCGUACCGCAGCAGAUGGCCUAUCCCCCGGCGGGUCCCCAGGGACGUCGUGGCCGUCAACAAGCACAGGCGCAGGCGCAAGCCCAGCAGCAACAACAAGCUUUGGCUCACGCCGAGGCUCUGCAUGACGACGAAGAACUCGAGAAGGAUCUCUUUGACCAUCUUACCCCAAGAGACAUUUCUUUCGCACGGUACCAGCAAAACCACGAGUGGAUGGAGGAGAUUGUGUCUUCGCCCUACGGCCUCAGCCAGAUUGCGCCCCCUGAUCUCGGACUUGGCCUCAAGGGAGAGCUGGCACCUUUGACUGACGGCAUCUUCUCAGCACAGAGUGCAAAUGCACUUACUGAGCCGCCUCAGAAGCCAUACAUCGGACGGUUAGAGCCCGGCCUGGCUGAUGAGUUCAGAAAACGGGUCCAGGAGCACCUCGACGCUACCAAGGCUGAGAUGGAGAAGAUGAAGGCGGAGCACGCAAGGAACCUGGCAAGCCUUAAGGCGAGCUCGGUAUUCGUUGAUGCGGAGAAGGACGUCAAAAAGUCUGUUCAGGAGCGCGGACCAGAGCCGUGGCGUCUGGAGGGUUACUCCACCGAUGCGGACGACAACUCCGGCCCGUGGUCACAGAAGCACAACAAGAAGGUGGACGAGAUUGUGGCUCAGGUUGAGGCCAACCUGGGCCGGCACAUCGAGGUCCUUCACAAUGUGCACCGCAUACAAGAUGGCGGUUUCCAGGAGCCCGCCCCUGAACCUGUCAAGGAGCCUUCACCAGUCCCGCCGCCGGCGAGCUCACCUCCCGCCCCAGCGGCUGGUGCCGACGCGAAUGCCUCGGGAUCACGGCGGCCGUCUCAGGCUGGCUCUAACCACAGCGGCGUGAUGGUGGGCGACUCAGAUAUCGAUAUGGGAGGCACGGCAGCAGGACUACUCGACGAGAUGCACACUGGGUUCUCUGCCAACUCGACUCCUCUGAAUAACUUCCCUACACCGCAAACACACGUGUCCGCAUUGAACUCAAACGCAGGUACGCCGGCCAACGCAAAUGUGCAGUCGCCCGCACCGGUUCCCCCCACUAUUCAGGAGGAGACCGAGGCGCAGACUUCCACCGGCGCUCCUGCUGCCACGGGAGAGGAUGUCACAAUGGGCAACACAGAGUCCUCCAAGGAUGCCUCUGCCACCGCGCCUGAUCAAGGAACCGGCAGCGGUGAUUGGGUCGUCGUUCCUAAGGGAGGAGCAACGCCCGAUCCCUCCGCCGGAGCCGCUGCUCCCGCCACUGCAGCUGAGGGUGACGCUGCCAAGCCUGCCGUCAAGCCCCCGUCUGCUGCGGGAACACCAGCAGAUACGCAGACUCCCGGCGGCUUCAGCUCGCUUGGUGACCUGGACUCGGCCGGCGACGCCCUGGCCGGCUACGGCGGGUCUAUGGGCGAUGGUCUGGACAUGAACAUGGAGAUGGAGGACUCUGCGUUUGGUGAUGCCUUCCACGGUGUGUCCAACACCAACACGCCUGGGAACCAGUCUGAGGGCGGGGCUUAG